AUGCCCGCGUGUUACUCCCGCGACGUUCUCUUCUUCCCUUUUUAUGCCGUUUGGCAAAUAUUUGCCGUUUUAUUCUUUCAGCUAGUUUCAGCCACCCCGAAGUUCAAGGAUGCUGUCCCGGGAUACCCCGUGAAUUAUUGCUUUCCUGGCGUUUUCCACCCGCUGGCAUUGGCGAGGAUUUGGACUCCAGAAGAACGAGAGCCAACCGCAUUUUGCCACUGUGGCCCCCCCUUUUUUUCUUUUCUUGCCGUCCGGUUUUAUGCUUAUCUUUGGGCGCCUAACAGCACUUAACAGCACUGUAACCCGGACGGCUCAUCUAGAUUGAUUGCUGACCAGCGCGGGAAGCAGCCCCCAACCGCUGGCCGUACGUACCCGAAGCCCCUAUCACUAUCAGCCAGCCAUGAACUGCAGCUGAGCGUUGUUUGCUUAGGUUAAUUUGAAUUCCCAAAAUGGCCCGGCUAUUGAGGAAUACAAAACCAAGCUCAAAUGUUGGCUGCGCAAUGACUCUCUCAAGCCAGAGCUAUCCAUUGCCCAGCGAAACAAAGGGGCUGAUCCGUCUGUCUUGGCCUUUUCUUUCCCCGCCCAGCGAUCCAUCAUGUGAGGAGCCAUGGAUGGUGCCAUGCCAUGGAAUAGAGCUACAUGCGAAAAUCUUUCCUUGCAGAUCGAAUUACCAUCCAGCUGCUUGGAGGCACUUCCUUUGAAUCUGUCAAAUCUGACAGCCUUGGAUGAUUCGCCAUAUCAUCUAGCGGCGCACCUUUAUCGCUUGCUGUCCCCCCCCG